UGUUAGCUAAUAAAAAGAAUCCAGCGAUUGAAAGUCGUUCUGCAAUAUAUUUUUUUCGGUUCCAUUACCCAUUCGCGCGCGUUAUGAAGUAUCGAACCAAAACAGAGUAAAACAAAAAAACAAAAAUCCGUAGGAUCGGAAUGACCUCCACCAGGAGUAAGUAGAAGAAAACUGGCUGCGACCGAUUGAUACGGUUUUUUUUCGCAGUGUUCAGUUCGCUGUUAGGCGACUGAUUGGACAGCACACGAGCAGCGCGAGAUUAUGGAGCUGUAUUACUCACUCGAUUCGGCACCUUCAAGGGCUGUGCUGAUGACCGCAAAGGCCAUCGGCGUGGAGCUGAAGCUGAAGGAGUUGAGUUCGAGAAAUGUCGACCAGCGGAGGCCAGAUUUCUCCAGGAUAAGUCCUCGCUACAGCAUCCCCACGCUAAAGGACAAAGGUUUGGUGCUGUGGGAGAGCCGAGCGAUUCAGAUCUACCUGGUGGACCAGUACGGAACGGAUGACGCGUUGUACCCGAAGGAUCCGGCCAAGCGGGCGAAAGUCAACGAGCGGAUGUUUUUCGACGCGUGCAUUUUGUACCACAACUUCGCGGAGUAUUAUCACGAGCAGGUGUUUGGGGGACUGGAGGGAGACGUGAAGAAGCUGAAGGGACUUGAGGAUGCAGUCAAAAUGUUGGAUCUGUUUCUGGAGGGCCAGCCUUACGUGACGGGACAGACCAUGACCAUCGUCGACCUGAGCGUGUUGGCGACCAUUGCCACGAUGAACGCAUUGGAGUUCGAUUUGAGGCGCUAUCAAAAUGUGACCGAGUGGUAUAAACACAUGGUAGUGGUUGCUCCGGGCUCCACAAUCAACGAGCAAGGGGCCAAAGCGUUUUGUGAGUAUAAAUAGCUGUCGGUGGUGUUAUCUUGUUUUCAAUUAAAAUCUGAUUUUAU